UUUCGCUGUUCUCCGCUAGAUGCGUCACAGGCGACUUCACAACACAACACAAUAUACCUGCGUUUAUUUCAACCAGCUAUGAUUAUAAUUAAGUGAUUUUUAUCGUUGUUGUGUACAAAAUAUUAAAUUAUUUAUCCUAUAAUGGCGGUGGUCAUAGAGACCACUGUCGGUGACAUUACAGUGGAUUUAUAUACUAACGAACGCCCUUUAGCAUGUCGGAACUUCUUGAAGCUAUGCAAAAUCAAAUACUACAAUUGGAAUUUGUUCUUCACUGUUCAAAGCAACUUUAUAGCUCAAACAGGAGAUCCUACAGGUACCGGCAAAGGUGGAGAAAGUAUUUAUGGUAUUGUAUUAGGUGAAAAGGCACGCUAUUUUGAAGCUGAACAAAUGCCAAAAAUUAAACACCACAAAGCAGGUUUACUAUCAAUGGUAAAUUGUGGUAACAAUAUGUUGGGAUCUCAGUUUUUUAUCACACUUGCUUCCGAUCUACAGUCUUUGGACGGAGAGCACUGUGUUUUUGGAGAAAUAGCAGAAGGUCUUGACGUUAUUUUGAAGUUUAAUGAAGCUAUUUGUGAUGGAGAUGCAAGACCAUAUCAAGAUAUUCGAAUAUCGCACACAGUUAUCUUGGAAGAUCCAUAUGAAGAUCCAAAAGGGCUUGAAGUACCGGACAGAAGUCCAGAACCAACAAAAGAAGCUUUAAUGAGUGAUCGUAUUGGUGCAGAUGAGGCAAUUGAUGAUACAGCAGGUAUGACAGCAGAAGAAAUUGCCGAAAUGCAGAAAGAGAAAGAAGCAAAAGCUAGAGCAACGAUUCUGGAAAUUGUUGGAGACAUUCCAGAUGCUGAAAUGGCACCACCCGAAAACGUUCUUUUUGUUUGUAAAUUGAACCCUGUAACAAGCGACGAUGAUUUGGAAGUUAUUUUCAGUAGAUUUGGAAAAAUCGUGGGUUGCGAAGUGAUCAGGGAUCGGCAGACCGGGGACUCUCUACAGUAUGCCUUCAUCGAGUUUGCUGAACGAAAGAGCUGCGAGGAAGCCUACUUUAAGAUGGACAACGUGUUGAUCGAUGAUCGUCGCAUUCAUGUCGACUUUUCGCAGUCGGUUGCAAAAAUGCGCUGGCGAGGUAAGGGCAAGGGAAUUAAAUAUUUCGACGAGGAGAACAAAGAGGAGAAGAAAGCCAACAAUGCAGGAAACAACAGACCUCGAGACGACAAGAGAAAUCGCGAGAGGAGACGAAGCCCAUUCGCAAGUCCCAAAAGAGAGAGGAAUAGGAGAAAAAGUCGGAGUCGAAGUAGAGAGAGGGUAAAGGAAAAGAAAGAGAAAAGCAGUGAGAGAAGUAGGGAAAGAGUCAAGGAAAGGAGAGAAAAAAGUAGAGAGAGAAGUAGAAGCAGGGAAAGGGUUAAGAGCAGAAGAGAAAGAAGUAGAAGCAAGGAACGGGUUAAAGAGAAGAGGGAAAGAAGCCGUGAGAGAAGCAGGGAAAGGAAAGCCAAAAGCAAGAGUAGAGACAGGGAUAAAAGGGAGAGGAAAGAACGGAAGGAAGAUCAUCGUGACUCGAGGACAAAAGAGGAUAGACGAAAGAAGAAGCACCACGAUAAAAGAGAUUCGUCAGAGGAGCGGAGCGAGAGGAAACGGCGUAAGCACAAGCAUAGGUGAUAAUAGCAUACGCCUAAUGAAAUUGUCUUGAUAAGUUUAUUAUUUACAAUAAUUAUAGAGUACAAAAUAAAAAAGUUUACAAUCUUACAA